UUUUUUUUCAUCAAUUAAUUAAUCUGUUUCAAUGUCGGCACAAUCAUGUUUCCUGACACUCACACACACAACAAAAAUACGCACUUCCCAAACCCAUGAUCACGUCACUUUCAACCCAAUAAUUACAUCUCUACAUCUCAUUACUCCAACCCGACCCACCCGAUCAUCAUUUCAUAUACUAAAAGCAUCAGCCAGAACAGCUGCCCACAAAACAACAACACCCACAACAGACCCGAAGUUAGUUGAGAAAUCAGUAAACACAAUCAGGUUUUUGGCGGUUGAUGCGGUUGAGAAAGCCAAUUCGGGUCACCCUGGUUUGCCCAUGGGUUGUGCUCCAUUGGGUCAUGUUUUGUUUGAUGAGUUUAUGAGGUAUAACCCGAAAAACCCGUAUUGGUUUAACCGUGAUCGGUUUGUUUUGUCGGCUGGUCAUGGUUGCAUGUUGCUCUACGCUUUGCUUUACUUGGCUGGCUAUGAUAGUGUCAAGGAAGAAGACUUGAAAAGCUUCAGGCAAUGGGGUAGUAAAACACCUGGCCACCCUGAAAACUUUGUGACUCCAGGAAUUGAAGUAACAACUGGACCCCUUGGCCAGGGUAUCGCCAAUGCCGUUGGUUUAGCCCUUGCAGAGAAGCAUCUAGCGAGCCGAUUCAACAAACCAGACUAUGAGAUAGUCGAUCACUACACGUACGUUAUACUUGGUGAUGGCUGCCAAAUGGAAGGAGUCUCGAAUGAAGCUUGUUCCCUUGCUGCCCAUUGGGGUCUUGAGAAGCUAAUAGCAUUCUAUGACGACAACCAUAUUUCCAUUGAUGGGGAUACAGAUAUUGCUUUCACCGAGGAUGUCGACACAAGGUUUAAGGGUUUAGGGUGGCAUGUAAUUUGGGUGAAGAAUGGUAAUCACGGAUAUGAUGAGAUUCGUGAGGCAAUUGAGGAAGCGAAGUCUAUUAGAGAUAGACCGACUUUGAUCAAGGUCACCACUACAAUUGGGUUUGGAUCACCGAACAAGGCUAACUCAUAUAGUGCUCAUGGUAGUGCAUUGGGUGCUAAGGAAGUAGAAGCCACUAGAAAAAAUCUGGGAUGGACACACAAGCCAUUUCAUGUGCCUGAAGAUGUUAAAAAGCAUUGGAGUCGUCAUAUUCCUGAAGGAAGUGUUUUUGAAACCGAAUGGAAUGCAAAGUUUGCAGCAUAUGAGAAGAAGUACAAGGAAGAUGCCAGAGAACUCAAAGAUCUUAUAAAUGGUGGAUUGCCCGUGGGUUGGGAGAAAGCUCUACCGACUUACACUCCGGAAGUCCCCGGGGAUGCCACGCGAAAUCUUUCACAACAGUGUUUGAAUGCCCUAGCCAAAGUUCUUCCCGGACUUCUCGGAGGCAGUGCAGAUUUGGCCUCCUCCAACAUGACUCUACUAAAAAUGUUUGGAGAUUUCCAGAAAGACACUCCUGCAGAACGUAAUGUCCGGUUUGGUGUCCGAGAACAUGGGAUGGGAGCAAUCUGUAACGGAAUCGCUCACCACACAAAGGGACUAAUCCCCUAUUGUGCAACUUUUUUUGUUUUCACAGAUUACAUGAGAGCCUCCAUAAGACUUGCUGCACUGUCCGAAUCCAGAAUCAUUUAUGUGAUGACACAUGAUUCAAUUGGUCUAGGGGAGGAUGGGCCAACCCAUCAACCUGUAGAACAUAUAGCAAGUUUCCGAGCCAUGCCAAACAUCCUCAUGCUCCGGCCUGCCGAUGGGAAUGAAACCGCUGGUGCUUACAGGAUCGCAGUUCUUAACGCAAAACGCCCAUCGGUUUUGGCUUUAUCCAGACAGAAGCUUCCAAAUCUGCAGGGUACAUCGAUUGAUAAAGUAGAGAAAGGAGGAUAUAUUUUGUCAGAUAACUCAUCAAACAACAAACCAGAUGUGAUUCUGAUUGGAACCGGGUCAGAACUUGAGAUUGCAGUGAAAGCAGGUGAGGAACUGAGGAAAGAUGGGAAGGCAGUUCGGGUGGUGUCAUUUGUUUCAUGGGAGUUAUUUCAUGAACAAAGUGAUGAAUACAAGGAAAGUGUACUGCCCAGUGAUGUUUCGGCCCGGGUUAGCAUUGAGGCUGGCUCGACAUUCGGGUGGGAGAAGAUUGUUGGAACAAAAGGCAAGGCAAUCGGUAUUGACAAGUUUGGGGCAAGUGCACCAGCAGGGAGGAUUUACAAAGAGUAUGGGAUUACAGUUGAAGCUGUCAUUGAAGCAGCCAAGGCAGUUUGUUAAAGAUUGUUAUGCUCUUUUUCUUUGUAAAUGAAAUUUGACAUUCAGAAAUUAGAAAAAAUAAGAAGUGAUGUAA